CUCUCUCUCUUCCCUCCAUUUCUUUCCCGCCUCUAUCUUCGUCCUUAAAAACCCAUCCGCAAUCUGAUCCUGCAUUCCUCUCUCUCUCUCUCUCUCUCUCUCCUGCGCGGCUUUCUCUCCUUUUUCCCAGUCUGCUCUUCUCUGGCACAUCUCAGUCGUCAUGAAUCGAAGGGUUCGAAGCCUCUCCAGAUCAGCAGCGAAGGGAGACGAGGGUUUCUAUAGAUACCUAAAACCAGGAGCACUCGCUCAAAUCAGGGAUUCUAGAAUAAGUGCCAGAUGCCAACGACUCGAUUUACAAGCUCAAAUCUCUACCUACCGAUUCACUUCGUCUUUAUCGUCGUCGGUGUCGACUGGAAGCAGCAUCCAAGCUCAGAUCGCGACGAUCGAUGGCUUCCCUUGUUUUGGUAGGAGAAUACACAGUCCUAGAUGUCCGCAGAGGAAGAAGCUUGUUGCUGCUAAGUCUAUUUUCUUUUUGAGCUCGAAUCCUUCUAGUCCGGUGUCAGACUCGCUCGAUCCCCUAAUGGAUGUAUUGAGUACUGAUCUUCUUGUUGUUCAUUAAAUAAAUAGUUAAAAAUGUGCAAUGAAUCCCAUUUUUUCUGUA